AUGGGUGCAACAUCUAAAGCUAAUAAGGCUCGUCUCAGGAAUAUUCAGUCUGCACUUUCCAGGUCCCACAAAACCACAAUUGAAGAUGUCUCUGACUCUGAGGAGGAGUCGGACUCGAGCUGCAGUGAUUCUGAGGAUGAUAUAGGGUUCCGCACGCUUCAUUUCCGCGGCACUGCUCAGGAUGUGAUUAUAAAGUACCGACAUUCAGCUGGGUACUUGAUUCUCCAUGACCUCUACCGUCAACCAUGUCCAUUUGGGGCUCCUUUCUGCGCGGAUGCUGAAGAGAAACAUCAAACUCUCCCGAACCAGCCACUUCCGGCCUACCUCCUCGCGAGUCAACUCCUUAUCGUCCUUCCCGACAGCGAUAUCAUUCUGCUCCAGGCACUACCCCCAGCCACCGAAUUGUCACGCACUACACCCAUCAACGAUGUUCCCUCCAUUGCCACACACCCCCUCACCCACCGCAUCUGCCUGGUCCCGUACGUCGAUUCCAACCACAUCUUCCAUUUCGAGCCAAUCUUCCGCAACCUCACAGACGGCGACACCCCCAUUCGCAUUGGUCGCCUCUCAGGUCAUUCAGCUUUAGACGCCCGUUCCACGAACGAAAUUACCUUUGAAACACGUGUACUCUCUCGCCUCCAUGCGGAAAUCUGGUCAGACAACGGCAACAUUUACAUCAAGGACACUAAAUCAUCAUCAGGCACUUUCCUCAAUCAUGUCCACAUAAGCUGUCCAGGCUCUGAGAGCGCACCAUAUCAGCUCAAAGAUGGUGAUUUCGUACAGCUCGGCGUCGAUUAUCAGGGCGGCAUGGAGGAUAUCUACAAAUCCGUCAGAAUACAGAUCGAAAUCGGACGCGAUUUCGCACAGUCAUUCUCGACGGGCGACAUACAGCCCUGCAGUCAUGUUACCAACAUUGAGCUAUCUAGCGAUCACGGCGGCACAAACACUCAUUUCCAGGAAAGUCGCCAAGAGCCCGGCAGUUGUUCAUCAUUCAUCAAGGGCUAUAUUUUUAAAGGCAUUGCCCUCUGCGGCAAGCAACGACUUUGGGAUGCCAUGGAAGCUUUUGAUCUUGCUCUCUCAUUUUCGAAUCACAAUCGAAUGACUGUCGAGAUCUUACUAAUUAAGGCUAUUGCGCUUUUCAACUCAAGUCGCCACAAUGAAGCGAUACGACGGGUUCAAGAUUUAGCCGCCACCUGUCAGUCCUCAGAGACAUUUCAGUGCCACAUAGUCGAUUCAUACCUUCACGUGCAACGUGCAAUGAUUGUUUUCGAUGGCGGGCACUACAGCGAAGCCGCUGAUCAACUUACGGCCGGUAUUACUACUAUCGCCGACAGGUUCCUAUGUCCAACACCUUAUGAACCUAUACCGGGUGAACUCAUGCAUAACUUGGAUGGGUUCAUGGAUACGUUCACGGAGUUCUUCGGCUGGGACUUCGGUUCGUUAUGGCAGACCGCCAACCAAAGACGUUGUGAAGCAUUUCUCUGCGCUGAUCGUGUGAUUGAAGCGGCUGGGUCUCAUCAGUAUAUGAUGCUCAUGAUUAGCGAGGCUGUGAAGCCUGUUUAUCACGAGUGGUCUGCCGCCUUCAAGUACAAGUGUACUUCACGUUGUGUCACAAAGGGAGACGAAGCUGUUACUGCGAGCAAUUAUGAAAUGGCUGUUGAACUGUAUUCAGCAGGGAUAAGCCUGGACUCUUCAUGCGAGUCUCUUUUUACGCGCCGAUGUAAGGCAAAUUUGACGCGAAGGCUCUAUACAGAGGCCCUUGACGAUGCAGAAAAGGUCAUUCAACUGAGCCCUUCGUCUUAUACUGGGUACAAAUUGAAGUAUGCAGUACUUCACGAAGUACAACGCUACGAUGAAGCGAUUGAGGCGUUAAAAACCAUGCUUUUCAAGUUGGACAAUGCAAUCGACCCGAAGAUACGAGAGUUGCGUCAGCAAUAUGUCAGUCCAUCGGAAGCACAUGACACCAUUCAAAGAGCUAUCCACAUUCAACUAGAAAAUGCCCCACUUCGUCUCAUCAACACCUUCACUGGGCGUUUGUGUGAUAGACAAACACAAAUCAAUACCUUCAUUAAAAGCGAAAAGUACAAAGAAGUCUUGUCAUCAUUGAUGGCACAUGCAACCCUCCAAACGGAGCUCAUCAAGGCCAUAGUCACGGAAUAUUUCAGUUGGGUCAUGUUAUCGCAUAGGUGGGAGAAUAAAGAGCCGCGGCUGCACGACAUUCAGGACAAGGACGUGUACACCUUAACUCCACUCGGAACCGUAGCAAAGCUACAAACCUUCUGCAAAACCGCUCGUGACGCGGGAUUUCGCUGGGCGUGGAGCGAUACAUGUUGCAUUGACCAGAGCAACAAUUUUGAACUUCAAGAAUCAGUCAACUCCAUGUUCGUCUGGUACCGCCACUCAGCGCUCACAAUUAUCUACCUGGCAGAUGUUCUGCCUUGGUCGGAACCCGGGGCACUCGCAAAUAGCACUUGGAACACUCGGGGGUGGACUGUGCAGGAAUUCCUUGCUCCUCACACUGUUCGCUUUUAUCGAGCAGAUUGGACCUUGUAUCUCGAUGAUCGCUCUCCCAACCACAAGACGUCUCUUGCUAUCAUGCAGGAGUUGGAGGAUUCAACAGGCAUAGAUGCACAAGCCCUCAUUGCUUUCCGCCCGGGCAUGAGAGGCGCCCGAGAGAAACUUCGAUGGGCAUCCAGCCGUGUCACGACUUUGCAAGAAGACAUUGCGUAUUCACUAUUUGGCAUCUUCCACGUCCACCUCCCUGUAAUCUACGGCGAGAAGAGACAAAACGCGCUCGGACGACUCUUGCAGGAGAUCAUUGCGCAUUCAGGCGACAUCACCCCCCUUGACUGGAUCGGAAAAGCUUCUGAAUUCAAUAGUUGUCUCCCAGCUGACAUUACAUCAUACAAAGCUCCGCCAUGUAUGCUGUCAUCUUUGCCCGAAGAUGAGAUGAAGAUGUCUGUCUCCAUGCUGCGAAACACUGUGUCAGCGGAGUUGACUUCGAAACUGUAUACCCUCCUUGACAACCUCAGUGCUCCUCGUUUCGCACACUCCAGACUGCAGCUACCUUGCAUCGUAUUCCCAAUCACCGAACUUAGGCGGAGGCGUGGUCCAGACCCGGAGACAUGUUUCACUUAUGACAUCAAGGCAGAUGGUCUUCAAGGCCUACUAAUCACCUCUGAAGACAAGUUGAUUCAGUUCUCGCCGACACGGCCCACUCAGCAAACAUUUUUACUUGUCCGUCCAUGGAACCGUCAUGAUCUUGGGCUGCCUGACUUUGCGGAGCCUGACUUUGCAGAUGAUGCACAGAGUGUGGACGAUUGGACUGAGCCUGUCUCUCGAACAGACAGAUCUGUCCGUGGUUCUCUUGUAGACUCUAAGCUGGCUGAUUCGGAGGCUCGCUUGCGAGAGUUGAGGUUGGUUGUUCGCCUUGGACAGUCUUUUGGUGCGCUUUUGCUAGCGCAACAGCAUGGUGGGGAGUAUAAGAGAGUUGCUUCGGACCACCUUAUCAUUGCCAAGGUCAAGGACAUGGCUUCUAUUGACGACACGAUGGACAUUAGGACGCUAGAGAUAUUGUAGUUUGUGUACCUCCAAGCACGAAGAUUGCCAAUGCUACACUAGAUUAUUAUGCAUGAUACACGAUGUAAACAUGUACAUCUCCGAAUUCUGUCUCUUCAACUCCAG